UAUGAAUAUUUCAACCAAGUGAAAGAAAGAAUUUUACUUUUUGCACCUUUUUUACCCAUUUAUCUACUAAAAAAAUUAUAUACCUAGCCAAUUAUGCUAAAAAAAAACCUUGGUGAAUUUAAUAGACGUGCAGAUCACAUAUCCGAUGCAACAAACAAAUUUUUCGGUCAACAAGUACCGGACUAUAUCAAGACUUUACCCAGCAUAAAAAAGGAUUCCAUAAGAUGGGCGGCUAAUAUAUUAUAUUUCGGUGCUGGAUUGAUGUACUACUGGGCUGUAAGUGCAGUCUUGAGACGAAUGCCAAACAUGGAGCAAUUCCCCGCUAACGUGGCUGGAAUGAUCGUUCUGUAUUUUUUGUUGAUGUGUGCUCGUACCGUUUUACCAAAACAAACAGACAAUCUGGUGAAGUUUAUUGAUCCCUAUUCGUCAUUUGCAUUGAGGAGCAUGAAUGUUAUGUUUGUACCUCCUGUUGUACUGAUUGUCAACAAUCCACCAACUGCAGGACCAGAAGUCGGUAGAAUGAUUUGUGUUUUCCUUGUGGGAUAUUUCGUGGGGUUUACAAUAUGCACUCUUAUAGUGCGAUUCUGGAAAAUGGUGCUAUACGGUACCUGUAACCGACACAAGCAGGCACCUCAUCUGCCGACGAGUGAAAAGGUUAAGAUGCACAAAAAUAAAACUUUAGAAGAAGAAGAGGUCCAUAUAGCAAUUCCCCCGGGUCCUACUGAUUUAAGAAAAUUUAAUUCUACCGUCAGUGCACCAGGAGUAGUUCAUCAAGUAUCCAACGGUGCAAUUUCUUGUGCCAGUACAUUACCAGGGGGUUCCAUCGCUUCCGCUCCUGAACAUGAAGAGCCUGACCAUAACACAGACAACAAUCGUGUUGUGUAUGAACGUUAUAAACCAAGACAGAAGCACGGUCCGUUACAUGUCUUUGCUCUUUGGUGUAUGGACCAAUCUACGUUUGAUGAUCUCACAAUGUUCAUCAUAUUUUGUAUCUGUGCAUUUGUUUUCUUGCCACUACCUGCAGAUAGUCCAGCGCUGCCCUUUUUUAGACUGUUCCUAUACCUUACCAUGACCUUAUUGUUAUAUUCUGCGUCAUGUAGACUUCCUGCUAAAGUUAGACUUGUCGUGCAUCCGAUCAUUUUGACAGCUGCUUGUGUCAUGGCUGGUAUUGCUUAUUUCGAACAGGUCAAGGGAUCAAAUAUUCAUCAAGGUGCCAAUCUUUAUAAAAACGGUGUUACAUUUGUAUCGCUUGUAGAAAAAACCAAUGUCGCUUGGCCAGGUGCUGGUGAUAUACUUUCGGCAACAAUGGAUGUUUCGAUUAUCUCUAUGGCUUUCAAUGUAUACAAAUGUAGACCCGAUUCAUUCCGUGAGUGGAUGAUAGUGUGUUUUUCUGUCGCCCCAAUGGCAUUUCUGGUUAUGUUUGUUACGCCAUUGUUUGCUCAUGGUAUUGGAUGUACUCCUGCAGAUAGCAUUGUUUGGAGCUCCAGAUCUGUUACAACUGCCAUUGGUAUGGUCAUCGGUAACAUUCUUGGCGCCAACCAAAGUGUAGUUACAUGCAUCAUUGUUUUCACUGGUAUUAUGGGACCUCUUGUUGGCCCUACGCUUCUAAAGCUUGCUCGUGUUAAAGAUGAUGAUUUCAUGACCAUUGGUAUUACUAUGGGCAGUAACUCCCACGGGGUAGGUACGGCAUACCUCAUUAGCAAAAAUCCUAAAGCAAGCGGCUUGGCAUCAAUUGCCUUUGCAUUGUUUGGUACCAUAGGUGUUAUUGUUGCCUCUAUUCCAGCCCUAUCGCAAACCGUCAAACAUCUUGGAGGUUAUUAAUACCCCUUACGUAUCCCUUCAUUCAUUCACAUACUCUAUUAUGCAUUUGCUCUAAUAUUAUUAUCAUACUUGACAUACUUAUUCUCUUUCACCCUCAAAAAUUGUUUUGUAAUUCUUUCUCCUACAUAUUAAAAACGAC